AUGGAUAAAAAGAUCUCUAACCCUGUUCCUCAGGGACUGCUUGAAUAGGUCCAUAAUAAUACAAUUGAAGAACAGGAAACGAACGAGUACUAUGAAACAUAAGAAUAAGCAGUUGCAGAUUAAAAGAUCGCUUAAGGAGUUGACAUUGCUCUAGACGACAGUGACUUCAACUAGUUUCUGACUUAGAAUGACAAGCAGAACAAAGAUGAAAUAAUCAAAAGGCUAGAGCAGUAAAACCAAAUAAUCGCAGACGCAAUCGAAUAAAUAGAGUCUAAAAUAGAGCAAAUCAAUCAAAAGCUAUCAACCCCUACACCUUUCCAGGUUAAGAGCCAUAGAUUUGAGCUUAAUCCUGAGAAUUAAGAACUAGCAGGAUGGGUCAAUAAAAUAAAUGAAACUUAAAUAAAGCAAGCUCAGCUGAAGGGGUAAAUCGAAAGACUGAAAGGCAAACUGUCAAUACUGUAAAAAGGCUCUGAAAUGAUUAAAUUUGAGAAUGAUGUGAAGGCUAUCUAAAUAGAGAUUCAGGAGUUGCAGAGUAAGAAGGCAGGAUUGGAGUCCUUACUCAAGGGCUAGAUUAACCAUAUGGGCUUGUAACUAAUAAAAUAGAUGGGGCAAUUGAAGCAAGAAAUAAGGGAGUGGAAGUAGAAAUAUAGGGAACUGCAGAGUAAGGAUGAUAAAUCAAUGAUAAAAGAGCAGAGAGAUGGCAUUCUGAAAGUGCACUAUCAAAUGCAAAUGCUCAAACAGCAGAUUCAAAUGUUCAAGAACAGCUCUAACAGUGUGAUCAUAAAUAACAGUACUUCCAACAUCAAUAAAUCGACAAUACCCACUGCUACUAUAGAUAGUCCAAAUAAUACCAAGUCUAAGAUCAUUCCUUCAAGGACAAAGCCAGAUCAUGUGUCAACUUUGCAAAGGAAAAUGAAUGUGGAUAAGAACACAUAUGAAAAGUCACUAAUCGUGCUUGAGGGUCAUUACAAUAAGCUUUUACAGCAAAUAUAGGAAAAGAAGGAUAAGUAUGAUUUGAUCAAGGUAGAGAAUGAACAGCUGCAAAAGGAACGAGAGAAACUGCAGUAGCUCUAGAGAGAUCUGCCUCCAAUAGUGAUUUCUCAGCAGUAAACUUUGCAUGAUAAAAUGGGAGAUGCAAAUAAGAACUCUCCUCCAUAUAAGGAUUUAGAUCCAAACAGGAGAAACGUGAGAGACGGUAGUACCAUCAAUCAGCGCAUAUCCCUUAACAAGUAUAAAAAGAACGCAAUGCUGGAAGAAGACGGACUCAGCGGAAACACCUAUGAGGACAUUAAGGCAAGAGGUGGGGGCAAUUUCGAUAGGAAUAGAAGCAGUUAGCAUAAAUUAAAAGGCUCCUAGGUACGCUAAAGUCACAUGGUGGAGUCACUGUAUAAGAACUCACCCGAUGGUGGCAAUAGCAAACCAUACUAAGCAGUCAACAAGUCAGUCAAUAUACAAAGACAGAGGAGCAAUCACAAACUUGUCACUAAAACAACUGCUUAUUAAGACAAUCAUAGUACUACUAUAGAGAAUGCAGGGGGUGAAGAGGAUGAUGAUGAUGUUGUGAUAAAAAAUCAGAUGAAAAAAUCAAAGAAAAACUCAAGAGUGGAAGACUACUCUGAGACUACUAAGGACAGCAAUAAAUUGCCAAGCAUAAACAUUACUUUAAAAAAUAGAAAAUUAAUGAACGAAGACGAGUUAGUAAACAUCUGUUCCUCGGUGGACGACAGGUACUCCCCCAAUCAGAAAUUCAACAAAACCUAAUACGGGCUAAACAUCCACGGCUACGGAGGCAACCACCCUCAUACGAAUUUCAUCAACAAGGGCAGUUUCCUAAACGACAUCUCAAUUGAGGGAAUUGAUGAGGAAGGAAGAGCUACUCUAAAGUCUCUUUCUGGUAGGGACUCUAAUUCAAGUGCGGGAGGACUUAAAUGGAAGAGAAAGAGUGAGUUAUCGAAAGGUAUAUCUGACAGCAAGAGCAGGAUAUCGAUUAAGGGGGCCAAUCAGUAUGAGUAUAUUCUGAAGCAGGACGAUCCGUUUAAUUACGGCAGGAGUUCAAAUUUAAACGAUCAGUAGAAAGCAUUAGCUCAUUAACAGCAGUAGGUGUCUCAGCAUCACUACUACGCUGCAAACAGACCAAGUAUAAAGCUAGGCAGCAACUCAGAACAGAGGAUAUCUAGGAUAAGCUAGAUAAUACAGUAUCAAAUGAGAAACUCAAUGGGACAAGGUGCAGGGGGAGUGCUGUAUCAAGAUUUUAUCCCAGAAAAUGACGAGGAGGAUAUUGGUGAUGAGAUGGAUUCGGAUGAUCGCAAAUUUAGCAUCAGAGCUCUCAAUUUUAACAUGAUGUCAAAGCUUAUCCCUUAGAACUCGUACCUGGCCAGAGCAAGCAGUAAAUUGAUCAGCAAUAGUCACAGAAAUAAUGGGAGAGGCACAAUCACAUCCAGAAAGACUAAUCAAAUGAGAAAGCAAAGCAGAAUAAGUAAAGCGCAGAUGACCCCAGGAAGGGAGUCUGAGUUAUACAAUGUCGAUGAUGCUAGUAUGGAUGAAGAAUCAGACUUCAUGUCCUCUCACAGAUGCUCACUGGUUAGAAGAUACAACAUGCCUACAUUCUUUACUCCAGACAAAAGCAUGUCAAGUCGAAUGGGCACCAAUGGCCAAAACUCUCCUCAUAUCGAUAUGGGAGACUCGCUGAAUGUUCACUAGCCUAACUAACUUUUCCAAGGAAAUGAAACAAUAGUGGAAGAAACCAAUGAAGCAGAGGAAUCAAUCCUAAACAACUCUAGAUUCUCUCAGCGAUUCUUAGACAUUAAUGAUGAUCAAGAGCCCUAUGGAAGAAUAAGCGGCCUCUAAGACAAUAAAAACAAUACUGGCAACUACUAAAAUACUGUAGUCAAUAACUAAAAUGUAUAUAACUAUCAGCCAGCACAGCAAUAAAACUAUUAAUAUCAAUAACAACAGCAGUAAAACAAUAAUGAGCAGUAGAAUGUGUAGUAGAAUAUAAAGGCAAAGAAGAAUAAAUUGGAUGCUUUUGUUACUAAGAUGCCCAUGCCAGGUUAGCAACCUAAUAUACUUAGAUAGGAAUCAGAAGAUCAAGUCUUUGAGCUAAACAAGCAUGGAUCAUAUGUCUCUGAUACAGGAAUGAAUGACAUGAAUACAGUUGUGCAUUAAGACAGUCUGACACAGCAGCAUAUGUAGCAGCAAUAGCAAGAUGAUUAAUAGACAGACACAAAUGGCAACGGGCAAGAUCUGCAUAAAGUUCACUUCUUUUAAACUCUGCAGGCUCUUUAGUUUAUUAAAAACAAUCUCAGAGUAGUCACAUUUGAGGAGAUCCAAGAUCAAGUUAUUUACCUGCCUGAACCUAAAAGGCCAGAAUUGAAGAAGGUGUUGAUAUUUGAUAUGGAUGAGACAUUGAUUCAUUGUGUGGAUGAUGUAGAAACGGAUGACCCAGAUGUAGUUCUAGAAAUUGAUUUCCCAGAUGAAGAGACAGUUUAUGCUGGAAUAAAUAUCAGACCAUAUGUGAUGGAAUGUCUUGAAGAAGCUAAUUAGAAUUUCCAAGUGAUAGUAUUCACUGCAAGUCACUAGACAUAUGCCGACGCAAUUCUAGACUAUCUAGAUCCAAACCACGAAUUAAUACAAUAUAGAAUGUACAGACAGCAUUGCAUCUUGACUAAGGAAGGGUACUACGUUAAAGAUCUGAGAGUGAUAGGCAACAGAGACUUGAAAGAUUUGGUUAUUGUUGAUAACUCAGUCUACUCAUUUGCCUUUUAAAUCGAUAAUGGCAUCCCAAUUAUUCCUUUCUAUAAGGACCCCAAUGAUGAGGAAAUGCUACACUUGAUAUACUAUCUCAACUGUCUUGCGAAUGUUGAGGAUGUCAGGCAGUAGAAUAGAGCAGCUUUUGAGUUAUACAAGCUGGCUAAUGGUGAUUAAGACGGAGGCAAUGGUGAUACUGAAGACUAAGAUUAAGAUUAGGAGGACAUUGACAGUAAUGAUGUAGACUUAAUUGAUGACCAGCAAAAUGUGAUAAUGGAGAUGAGCAGAGAGAGUUCUCUGAAUAAUGCAAAUGCAGAUAGUAGGCCAUCCGCAAGUAAGCAUAAUUUAAAUGGCCGAGACUCCUAUGGAGAUGAUAUGCUUCCUUCAAAGUACUAAGUAGUGCCAGAGAAGUAUAGUAAUGACUUAACAAAAUAAGUAUCUCAAACAGACAGUCUCUAUGGCGAUGAUAUUUAAAAUCUUAACUCUCGAUUUAAUGACUACUGA